CCUCAACUGCCACCCUUGACUCAACGCCGUCAGGCACGCGCAACUAGAACACAACCCAUUCACUCGAUACCCUCGUACAUCUAGUCUUUGGACAUAUAGAAAGAGAAGAAAUCAUCCAUCAUGGCGCCGAAAGGAAAAGACCAGCCGAAGGAGAAGAAGGUCGCCGUCGACAAGUCGUUCGGUAUGAAGAAUAAAAAGGGAGGUGCCGCCCAAAAGCAGAUAAAACAACUUCAAGCUGCGGCAGCGGGCGCCAAGACACCUGACCAGAAGCGCAAAGAGGCCGAAAAGGCACAGCGGGAGAAGGAAAAGGCGGCGGCCGAACAAGCGCGCAAAGAAGCCGCCGAACUCUUUAAGCCCGUCCAAACACAAAAGGUGCCCUUUGGCGUCGACCCCAAAACUGUGCUCUGUCAGUUCUUCAAGAAGGGCACAUGCGAAAAGGGCAAAAAGUGCAAGUUCAGCCAUGACUUGUCCGUGGAGCGCAAGACGGAGAAGAAGAGCUUGUACACGGAUACCAGGGAGGAAGAGGAGGAGGAAAAGAAAAAAGACACCAUGGAUACUUGGGACGAGGAGAAGCUGAAGAAGGUAAUAUUGAGUAAGCAGGGCAAUCCAAAGACGACGACGGAUAAAGUAUGCAAAUACUUUAUUGAGGCCGUGGAGAAUCAGAAGUAUGGAUGGUUUUGGACAUGCCCGAAUGGGGGUGAUAAGUGCAUGUAUAAGCAUUCGCUGCCGCCCGGUUUCGUCAUCAAGACCAAAGAACAACGCGCCGCCGAAAAAGCCCUCAUGGACAAGUCUCCGCUCGCAACCCUCACGCUCGAAGACUUCCUCGAAUCAGAACGCCAUAAGCUUACCGGGACCCUCACGCCAGUUACUGCCGAAACCUUCGCGAAGUGGAAGAAGGAGCGUCUAGACAAGAAGGCCGCUGAAGAACAAGCUAAGCAGAUGAAGGAGGCUACUGGUAGAGCCAUGUUCGAAAAAGGCGACUGGCAAGACAGCGAGGAUGAAAGCGACGAAGAGGCUGACGGCGCAUGGAAUCUCGAGUCGCUGAGGAAGGAGACAGAGGCUGCACGAGCGCGGAGAGAGGAGGAGAGGUUGGCAGCAGAGGCCGGCUAUGAGGUCUCAUGAGAGUCUCUGAGUCUCCAAUGAAGGGUGAGGUUACGUUGGGGAGGGGAACCGGUGCGCACAUCCACACAACGCUGCAAAAGCUUGUGGUGCGCCGCCGAGGCGGGAAGGAAGAGACUGCACAGCCAUACAAAUUGGCGACGGUACGAAGGCACAAUUUGCUUUACGUCUAGCGAUUAUGCGACUAGCAUUCCGCCAUCAGUACCACCUGUCAAGGACUGGUCAUGGUGUCUGGCGUUGUCUGCCUCAAGUUAGGAAAUGCAAAGCAUGGCAGCCGUAUAAAGAAUAUAUGAGAUUGGCA